AUGGGAGCUGCUCCUUUCUCGCUCGAAAGCGUGUUCGCGUACAUCUCGGAGACGUUCGCCGCUGGAGUGAUUCAGUCUUACCAAGGACAAGUACUUCUAGAGGACGCUCCAUUACUGCAACGCCAAGAUCCCUUGGAGGAUUUCAAAAAGUUCGAUCGAAAUGAUCAGAUUUUUCAAGAGUACGAUCCUCCCCCAGGGGAGGACAGCAAAAUGGGAUGGAAGAGAUCUCGCCCGCCAACAUGGCGACUGUCGCUUUGGAAGGCCAUGAAGCAUGCGUUUUGCAUUCAAAUUCUUGGCGGCGUUGCGUUGGGAUCGCUCGCUAUUGUAAUACUGGUCCUAGAUUUCAAUACCGUCGUUCUCUGCUAUGAUAUGCAGUCCAAAAACUGGACGGCGAUACCUAAAAGAAUUGAGGCGGUCAUGGUGACAGUUGAUACAACCGAAGCCUACUUGGUUCAACUGUGGCCGUUUCUCGUUGUAUUGACAAUGUUUGGUUGGCGUUUGAUAAAGGAUCUCAAUCUACUGUUUCUCAAUCUUCUGGGAGCUUUCCUCGACACUUGUUACAGGCUUUAUUUACAAGUUUACGGCAUUUACCACAAGCCCUGGAGGUCAUUCCCUCUUAACGGCCUGUUUGUUUUCUUGUUGUUGAUGAACAGUUUGAUCAUUGGCAAAGACAUAGCUAAGAAAAGCGAAACCGAAAGAAACAAAAGAAUCAAGAAAGCGAUCAAGGUAUCGGCGAUGCUGGUAGCUCAGUUUGCUUUUGGACUCCCGAUCGCCUAUGGUAUCGUGUACGUCCUGAUACCCCUGUAUGGCGAAGUAUCUGAAACCUACCGAGCGAUUAUAGCCGGGGCAUUGCCUCUAGUUGCUGCUAUACCAAAGGUCAUUGUACGCUUGGCGGCGCAAAGAAUCGAUUUCCUUCAUCCAGGAGAUUCUCACGUAUUGUUAAACGUCCUCCACAGCGCAACUACCAUCGUUUUUCGUGUCAUGCAAGUGUAA